UUUUGAAUCACGUCAAAUCCCAACGACAGGAGCCAAUAACACUUCAGCACCUGGGAGUAAGCCCUUUAUGAAGAUUGAAAUUCCACAAUCAUCUGAGCUUCCGGAUCAUCCGCUCACAUCGCCCGCUUAUCACACACAAGGGUAUGUGGAAGGGUUCAUGUAUCAUAACGGACACCCUUCCAAUAACGCAUCUGUACACCAUGGCGGAUAUCAUUCUGAUAGUGAACAACAUCAUAGUAAUGGAUUAACUCAUGCAAACGGACGAGGUACAAGAGUUGAUGGUUCCGUGCAAGAUUCUAAUAAUCAUCAUUCCGGUAGUCCACAAAUGAAUGGAGACAAGAUGAAUGGUUCAACCGUAGACCCAAAAUCUCCAACAACAAAUGCUGGAAGUAAUACUACAACGCCAACUACCGAAUUGGGAAAAAGCCUUGGCCAGUUGAACAUGAAUAAUUAUCGAAUUGAAAAAUUGGAUGAGUCUGAUAAGCUGUAA